UAGGAUACGUAAGACGGAGUAAGCUGUAGCACAACUUUAAGUUUUAAAUCAAAGUGUGUAAAACGCUUUAUAAAAUAACUACUAUAACGUAAAGUGCUGUUGGCUAGAAAAUCCUUCAGGACGUACAUGUUACCAAGAAUAAUUAUAGGCUAUAUUUCUCUUAUUUUAAUUCAGUUGCUCGUUAGCGCGCACGUCUUCUGCGUGCACGCAGUCAAACUCGCUGCAAAUUCAAUUGCCGCAUUUUAUGUCGUAGUUCUUAAUCUACCUGCUUUUAUCGCGGGGAGUAACUGAAAGCACCGCUGAGCAACAUAAGGUCACCCACCCUUUCAGCGAGGCAGGGUGGAGUGCACACAGGCGACCGAAGAGAGAGGGGACGCGCUGCGCAUUCACCAAAGGGAGAGGGAGAGCAAGAGCGCUUGAAGAGGGGGUUAUGCGUGUUUGAGCCGAGAAGAAGGGGGAAAAAAGUCGGCGAUCCAAAUUGGCAGAUUCAGAACCGAAAUGUCGAGCCGGACCAGACCGGGCUUUUACAGUCAGGAAGUGAAUAAAACCGCUUGGGAGGUUCCGGAACGGUACAGAGAUCUGAAGCAGGUGGGCACAGGGGCGUACGGCACCGUAUGUUCGGCGGUGGACCGCAGGACGGGGGGGCGGGUGGCCAUAAAGAAGCUGCACCGGCCCUUUCAGUCGGAGCUGUUCGCCAAGCGGGCGUACCGGGAGCUGCGUCUGCUCAAACACAUGAAGCAUGACAAUGUGAUCGGUCUGCUGGAUGUGUUCACCUCCGCCCUCUCAUUGGACAGAUUUCAGGACUUUUACCUGGUCAUGCCAUACAUGGGCACAGACCUGGGGAAGCUGAUGAAGAUGGAGCGUCUGUCUGAGGACAGAGUGCAGUUCCUGGUCUAUCAAAUGCUCAAGGGACUCAAGUAUAUCCACUCAGCUGGGAUCAUCCACAGGGAUCUGAAACCGGGGAAUCUGGCGAUCAACCAGGACUGUGAACUUAAGAUUCUGGACUUCGGCCUGGCGCGGCAGGCGGACAGUGAGAUGACGGGGUACGUGGUGACGCGGUGGUACCGCGCGCCGGAGGUCAUCCUCAAUUGGAUGCACUACACGCAGACCGUGGAUAUCUGGUCUGUGGGCUGCAUCAUGGCAGAGAUGCUCUCAGGGAAACCACUCUUCAAAGGCAACGACCACCUCGAUCAGUUGACCGAGAUCAUGAAGAUUACCGGAACACCAACUCAGGAAUUUAUCUCCAAGCUACAGUCUCAGGAUGCGAAAAACUACAUCAAGAGCCUGCCCAAAAUUCAAAAGAAAGACCUGAGGGAUCUAUUCUCGAAAGCAAACCCUCUGGCGCUGGCGGUGCUGGACCGGAUGCUGGUGCUGGAUCCCGAGAGGAGGGCGAGCGCGGCGGAGGCGCUCUCUCUGCCGUACUUCUCUGAGUUCCGGGACCCCGAGGAGGAGACGGAGGCACAGGCAUACGACCACUCACUGGACAACGCUGACCUGCUCCUGGAGCUGUGGAAACGGCACACCUUCACGGAGAUCCUGUCCUUCCAGCCGAUGGUGGCCGAGGCCAAGGAGACGUCUCUCUGAGAGGCUUCGGGCACAUUCUCCCCCCCCGGGCCUCUCACCCUGUACCCCCCCCCCCC